AUGGCUGCAUCCGGUGACGACCCAAGCGUCACUCCCUCGACGCCAUCCCCAUUCAAUUAUAUCUUGUCGUUCCUUCUGGUCGGCGUCUGCUGGGGCUUCACCACCCCUUUCAUACGCAAAGCGGCCAUCAACUACACUCCACCAUCACACCCAUCAAUCAGCGACCCCAACCGGUCUUGGGUGUCCAGACAGAUCUUGAAGGCAUUCUUUACUGUCAUUGGAUUACUCAGAAGCCCCAGGUAUGCGGUACCUUUGCUUCUGAACCUCACUGGGAGUAUUUGGUUCUUCUUAUUGGUCGGGCAAGCAGAACUAUCUCUUACAGUCCCAAUCACAAACUCGUUGGCUUUCCUCUUCACGGUUCUUGGAGAAUGGUAUGCCGAGGGCAAGCUCAUCUCAAGAGAUACUGGACUAGGGAUGAUCCUUGUCUGCGGCGGUAUAGGGUUAUGUGUAUGGUCAAAGACUUGA